UAACGACCCCGUAAACGACCCAAAACAAACCUUCAGGAGGAGACACUCAGGCAACAGUACCCGGGGCGCCUCUUGUGACUCGACGCUUCCUUGCACUUUUUUUCCGCAAUUUGGGAGGAAUUAUGGCAGAUCGGAGCACGCAGAUGAAGAAUUCUAUUAAUCAGAAGUUGGUGGAGACUGGAGAAAAGGAGAGACUGAAGGACAUGUUGAGACAGAGACUAACAGAGUGUGGUUGGAGGGAUGAACUCAAGGAACAUGCCAAGGAUAUUGUGCGAGAACGAGGGCUGCAGCAAGUAACUGUAGAUGACUUAGUAAAGGAGAUCACUCCACAGGGAAGAGAUUUGGUUCCUGACACAGUGAAGCGGGAACUUCUAGCAGAAAUAAAGAAAUUCCUUGCAGCACAAUCUCUAUAACUAUUUUUUGUGAUUUAGUUAGUGAAGUUAAAUCUACAGAAAAACUGUAUUUGCAAAUUGAUCUGUUGCAAGAAACAUUAGAUUAGCAUUUGUUUGCAUUGUGUUAUUUUCAAGUGAAACAAUAUAUAUUGCGAGGUUUGACAUUUUGUCAUGUAACACAUAAUUAUCCAAACAUAUAGCAUAAUUUUUCAUAGAUGUGUAAUUUUUAAUGAAAAUAAAAUUGUAUUACUAAGUUACAAUAUACAUUUUGUUAGGAUAUGUUUCACAAAUUUCUGCAAGAUGUAGGAGCAGUAAAACAACAGAGGGUAUUUUUUUUUUCCUUUUCUUUUUAAUGGAUAAAUUAAGUGGUAUUAGUGUACUAGAGUUACGGAUCAAAAAAACCAUCAGCCGUAACAUUUAUUUAUUGGAGAAAAGUUUCGACCUGCAAUAGUCAAUAAAAUAUAACAAAGGAACUUUUAAUGGAUAUUAUUCCAAGUAUUAUAUGGAACUUAACAUCAAAUAAAAUAAAUAUACAAUUAUAGUAAGUUGACGUAAAAUGAGCAUAGCCACAUGACUAUAUAAAUCACUAGAAACUGAAAGUUAAGCACAGUAAACAUUUCCACAUUGCAAUAAUAAGCCAACAUAACAUUUGCCUUUAUAAAAUCUUGAUAUUCAAAGAUCAUAGAAAUUUAUCACACAAAAUAUGGGUUGUACAUAAUAUGCCAAAAUAGAACAUUAGCCUAAUCUACAGAAACCUUGCAUCCUAAAUAAUAUCACAAUUGAUAAGUUCCUUGAUCACAUUAUUGCAUUUAGAAUUUCAAACACUCAGAAAACAAACCAAAAUACUGCUUGGAAUGGUAAUGAAAGCACUGAACUCGAGAUUCAUAAUUGCUCCUAACAACACUGUUAAUAACAUGUAUUACUUUUUAAAAAUUACACUCACUUCAAUGGCUCCACUGCCUUUGAUCCUUGAUCCUAAUAGUCCAGUACAUGUCAUAUCACCACUGGUACACUGGCCCUGUAAGCUGAAUGUAUACAAUAUUCUAGGAGGGCACAACAUAAACACUUGACGAUGUAAAUUACAUUGCUCUUAUUUUAUGAAUUAUGUCAAAAUUAGAUUUCCAAAUUAAAUACUUGAUAAUCCAA